AUGACACUCCUUCAGGGCUUCCUACCCUUUGGUCCCGUCCCCCACCUCUGUCCAUCCUGCUCCAAAGCGAACCCUAACCCUCCCCCGAUCGGCCUUCCCUUCUCCGCCAGAAGAGGCUUCCACAGCGCAGCUAAGCCUCCCUCUCUGAUAACUGUGGCGGCGGCUCGGAAGAACCUUAACCCUGAAGGCGGAGGCGGCGCUGAACCCAGAGAGAGGCGAGAAACAGAGCUCCCCCGCGAAGGUCCCGCCGCCGAUGAUGUCUUCCCAUCGAUUAUCCCCCGGAAACCGAGGCGCGGGCGGCGGAGCGAGGCGGCGGCGGUGGAGGACUUUGUGAGGGACUCUCUGGAGCGCACCUUCGCGGAGAUUCGCCGGCAGAGCUCCGAGGUCUUGGAGGGGAAGGAGGAGGUGCUGAAGGCGAGAGCGGAGGGCCCCGACGACGGCGGCGGCGGAGCGGAGGAGGGGGUGGUGGUGGAGGAGGAGGCUCCUGAGUGGCCGGCCGAUGCGGAGGUGGGAUGGGGGAUUCGCGCGUCGGAGUACUUCGACAAGCAUCCGAUCAGAAAUGUCGUCGCCGGCGGGGUGGAGAUCGAUUGGGAAGGAGACCUCGAAGAAGGCCUCGUGAAGGAGAUCAACUGCCUUGAAUGGGAGAGCUUCGCCUUCCACCCCAGCCCUCUGAUCGUCCUCGUCUUCGAGCGCUACAACAGGUGACAUCUUCAUCAAUUAAUCCGAACUCGAGCUCGAGCUCGAGAUCUUCUACCCUAAUCGUUCUGAGGCUGUUUCUGAAUUUAAUCAGGCCGGCGGAGAACUGGAAGCUCCUGAAAGAGCUGGAAAAGGCGGCGGUGGUGUACUGGAACGCGAAAGAUCGGCUGCCCCCCAGGGUCUGAUGCUCCUCUCUCUCUCUCUCUCUCUCUCUCUCUCUCUCUCUGUUUUGGCCAUUAAAAUCCUCGUCAACGGAGCUUUAAAAUAUUCGCAGACGGUGAAGAUCGACAUGAACAUCGAGACGGACCUGGCCUACGCCCUCAAAGUCAGAGAAUGCCCACAGCUGCUGUUCCUCCGGGGCAAUAGAAUCCUGUACAGAGAGAAAGGUCAGAAUCAGCUCUCCCUCUAAGCAUCAUCUCUCAGCAGCGGCUAGAUUCUUCCAGAUGGGACGUUGACUUUCGAUCUCCUCUGGACCUGCAGAGAUGAGGACGGCUGAUGAGCUGGUGCAGAUGAUAGCCCACUUCUACUAUAACGCGAGGAGACCGUCGUGGGUUGACCCUGCAAAUGUGGCGCCAGCGCCACGCUAUUAG